CCACCGACUGUAACACAAAAAGCAGGUGUCGUCAAUGGAACGCGUCUCGAGUGUCGCCGCACGGAUAUCGGGGUGCUGGCGCCAGCUGCUGCUGCUUUGUAUUUAUCUGGUUGCCGCUAUAGGCGCCGUGGAUACUUCAUCGCUUGUGCCCUUUAACGUGGUAAUUUACGGACAAUUGAAUGUAUUCAUAGCGCAUCCGUCUGGCUUGCUGGACGCGGGCCUGCCGAGAGGCGCACCACCGCCUCGAGGUGGGGCCCAGGCGGGCAAACGCGCGCCACCGUUUCCCCCUAUUUCGCUCGAGGACGCCUCGCCGCCGCCCGCCUCCACCAAAGCGCCUCAUGCUAGCAGCAGUCUGCCGCCGCCACGUCGGCGGUCGCCUCCGCCGCGGCGGCUGCUGGCUGCCCCGCCGGCGCGGGGGAGUCACCGCCAUCGCGAGCUCCUGGCCACGUCGGACGGGUCGGACUCAGCUAGUUCCAGCUACUCGGUCACAGCUCGGCUGCAGGAGCCCGUCAAUGCCACGCACUGGCUCUACGUCAGCAUCGACCUUGGGGAGCAGGGGAGAUACCUGGUGACGGGCAGCUGGCUGCAGGUGCCCGCCACCUUCUUCCUCAACCCCGCAGUGGCGCAGCAGCUGGGACUGGCGCCGCCAGGCUCUGGUGGUGAUUCCAGUCCGCCCCUGUCGGAGGCGGAGGCCACGGCGGCGGCGGCGGCGCUGGCCGCUCUGAACAACACCUCGGAGCGCCGGCCCUUGGGCGACCUGGCAGCCCAAGGGCUGCUGCGGCUGUUGGACGGCCUCAGUGUGGCGGAGCGGCGGGCGCGGCCCUUCAGCGGCCCGCAGGCGGCCUGGCCGGCGACGGGCAUGCCGGGCGCGGUGGCGAGCGGGCCGGUGCGGGAGGUGGUGCGGGUGGAGCCCAAGCAGGAGACGUGGGGUCCCGAGCUGGGCCAGCCGCUGGAGGUGUCGGCGCUGGUGCUCCUGUUCGAGGACGGGGCGGGGGCGGGGGCGGCGGCGGGCGGCUGCGGCCUGGCGCCGCUGAGCGCCGCGGCGGUGCGGGCGGCGCUGCUGGGCGCGGAGGGGCCCUCGCUGCAGCGCACACUGCAGGCGUGCUCCCACGACAUGUACCGCCUGCGCAGCGAGCCCGACGGCAGCAGCAGCAGUAGCAGUAGCAGCAGUGGCGCCGCCGCCGGCAGCCUGGUGCUGGGCCCCGUGCCGCUGGGCGGCGCCGGCGCCUUCCCCUGCUCGGGCCGCACGGCGGGCGGCGGCGGCGGCGGCGGCGGCGGCGGCGGUGCCGAUUACGACCUGGCCAGUGGGUGCGGGCAGCCGGAGGCGGCGGCGCUGGCGGAGGCGGCGCAGGCCUGGUUGCAGCGCGAGCGGCCGGACGUGUGGGGUGCGCUGCCCGCCUACCGCCGCGCGCUGCUGCUGGCGGCCUCGGCGGCCUGCUUCGCUGGCAGCGGGGCUGAUGGCAGUGGUGGAGGUGGUGGAGGUGGAGGCGGAGGUGGAGGCGGGGCGCAGCAGGCGUUUCACGGGCUGGUGUCGGCGGGGUGCCCGGACGGCGGCCCCUGUACGUCCUGGCUGUUCGUGCCGCCGGGCAGCAGCGCCCCCGACCCCGCCCACCUGCUGCAUGCGCUCGGACACAACGAGGGCGUCCCACACGCCGCCGGGCUGCUGGUGGCUGGCUCCACGGACCAGGCGGCGCAGCCCGACCCCACGGACCCCAUGGGCUCGGCCGGCGCGGGCGUGUGCUUCGCCGCACCCAACGCCUACAAGCUGGGCUGGUCGGGCCCGCUGGAGCUGCAGGGGGUGGACCCGGGGACGGGCGCCGCCGCCACCAGCCGGGCCGACAUGCCGCUGCGGGAGCUGCCCGCGGGCGUGUUCACGGAGUUCCAGCUGCCCGCCAUGGCCCUGGCCGCCCACUGCCUGCUGCGCCUGGUGGUGGAGCAGGCCGGGCUGCCCGCACAGGCGGCGGCGGCGGCGGCGGCGGCGGCGGGCGGCCUGGGCUGGCAGCGCGCGCUGUUCCUGUCGUACCGCGUGCGGCAGCGGGCCGGUGGAGGGGGCGGCGGCGGCGGGGGCGGGUACGACAGCGGUCUGCCGGAGGAGUACGACAUGCGCGUGUGGGUGCACGAGUCCAACGAGACCGCCACGGGCGCCCCCGCCGCGCCCGGCUCCCACACCCUCAUCCGCGCCAUGCUGCAGCCAGCCGACGCCGACGCCGACGCCACCGCCUCCCCACCAGCCGCCGCCACCGACCCCAGCACCAACACCGACGCCUCCUCCUCCUCCUCCUCCCCGCCUCCGCCCGCAGCCGCGCCCUGGCCGGUGGGCAGCGCCUUCCGCUACCUGUCCUCGGACCCGGUCGCCACGGGGGGCCACCUGGCGGUGGAGGUGCGGCGGCGGGACGGCCAGUCGGCCACCGUGGCGCUGUGCCGCUUCACGGCGGAGGUGGCGGAGGGCGCCGAGGACGGCGAGCAGUGCUACAACGGACUGGAUGACGACUGCAAUGGGCUGCAGGACUCGGAGGACCCCGCCUGCCAGUAGCAGCAGCACUGCAGCAGGAGCAGUGUAGCAGCAGCACUGCAGCAGGAGCAGCAGUAGCAGUAGCAGCAGGAGCACUGCAGCAGUAGCAGCAUUGUAGCGGUAGUCGUGUGUCGGAAGGCGGGGCGGCGCUGAGCGGUGCGGCCUGUCCUAUGGCGGCGCCGGCCAGUUAUUUCGUGCAGUUACUUUCUAAUGAUGUGAUGUUACUUGCCAUGGCUUGAUGUUGAGAGUGUGUGUUCAGAUUUGGCUUGCAUUAAUCAAGCACUUCCGUGAGCUUGAGGACUACUCGUGUUCGAUACAAGUCUCCAGAGGAGAUGUUGACGGUAUCGGGCGGUAUCAUCCCAUCACAUGACAUGUCUAGCAAACUGCUCGAUGCGGUUGGGCAAGGAACAGAGGUCCCAAGCGACGGGUGCGGCUGGAGGGGGGGGCGGACUCGACCGCCGCAGCUGAAGAGGCUGGCGGUAGCAGUGGCAGCGGCAGGGGGGAGAUACCAGCCCAAACUAAACCGA